ACCAAAGCUACCGUUAGUGUGUAAACAUCGCAAAAUAGAGAAACAGAAUAAAACACCACCAUGAUUAUAUUUCUCUACCUAAUACUGGUGUUGGCCUGGGCACUGCUCAUCAUCAUUCUGAAAUGCAAAAAAGCACGCGCCAAACGGCUGGCGGAACAGGAAGAGAUGGCCCAACCGGUGCACGUGGUACAGAUCGGGUCUAACCUCUACGACAUUAUGUCACUGCACCGGGACAACUAUAGCGGUGUGUACAGCUGUCUCGAGCAUGGUACCAUCGCACAGCACAGACAGCGUGCCUCGGCCAGUGUGACCCACUCGAAUGCGGCCUUCGUCGGUGACGAUGGUUCUGUGUAUCCUGGGAAUGGUAUGGUUGCCCUGGAACCGCCACCAUCGUACGAAGAAGUGAUACGACUUCCCGCCUACUAUCCCAAGGUGGAAACGUUCGUGCCGGAAAUGGUUGUUCCACCAUCGCUACCGCGUCCUCAUACGGUUGCUACCCAACAACCGGCCCAGCUGCAUCAAACUCGCGCUGGUACGGUGGAUCUCACCACGGUAGCAACGAUUGCACCUUCAACCGGCGGUCCGGGAACGCCAACGGAACAAACAGUCGAUGCAAACGGAAAUCGUAUCAAGGGUGCUGGAUCGUGCACUGGUAGUAGUACCAUUAGUACACCCUUCACAACCACCACUACCGUAACGGUACAGACUGCUAAUUCGUAA